GGGAGGCGGAGGGCGGCCAUGGUGGGGAGGCCGGCUGUGCGGUGGUCUCAGCCUUGCGUGGUAAAGGCGCAGCACCGCAGCAAGGCCAAGUAUCACCGAAGGAUGCGGCUACAUCGGCUUCUCUAGAUGGGUGAGUGAUCUCUUCUUUAAAUUUGACAGAUUACUUAGAGAUGGCCUUGAAGAUUAAUUAGAGAUGGAUCCCAAAUGCAACAUAUUUGCUGCACCUCUCUUCUAGAUUUGUCGAAAUGCAACAGAUUACUUAGGAGUUUCAUUUGGUUUUUACAAGAUGGAUCAAAAUUCAACUUAUGUGCUGAAAAUUAGUUUGCUUGGCAACCCAAAAAAGGCUAGAAAGGAUAUCAAAUGCUUAUGUUUUGAUAAGGUUAUUGAUUCCGACUUAACAAAUUAUAAGGACUUGGUUGAAUCAAUCGUAGAGCAGUACUCGCCUCGUUAUUUGGAAGUUGCACAUGUUCCGUACUAUGAUGAUUUUCUUAAAAUCUACCCUGAAGUAACUUCUGACCAAGAAUUGAUGUUGAUGUUUGAGAAACACUCUAAGACAAAGGUUGUGCACAUGUUUGUUGCAUAUUGUGAUCCAUCGGAACCAUAUGAGCCUAUAACGGAGUGGCAUAGUGAUGCACAUAGCCAACCUAACAACAUAGAACAAGAUGAUGAUGAUUAUCUUCGCAACCCAGUACCUGAGAAGGAGCAUGUUGGUGUUGAUGAGGAAAAUAUUUAUUUAGAGGAUGAACCUGUACCUCUUAUCAUGGUUCCUUGUUCCAAUAAAGAAAAGGACAAAGACUAUGUUCCUGAUCAUGAGAGCGAGGCUGAGAGCGAGGUUGAGAGCAAGGAUGGGAGCGAGGAUGAGAGCAUGUCAGAGGUUGAAGUAGAGGAAGAUGAGGAAUAUCACGAGGCAGAUCAUGCACCACACAUUGAAUAUAAUAAAUUAGAUCCUCCAAUGAACGAAGGAAGAAAAUAUCCCAAUAUGGCAGAGUUUAAAUUGGCGCUUUCUCAACAUGCAAUCAAACAUGAAUUUGAGUUCGACACCGAAAAGAGUGCACCACAUAGGUUCAGAGCUUAUUGUUCAAGAAGGGAUGAAGAUAAGUGUCCAUGGAGGAUAUAUGCUUCUACAAUGGAAGAUGAGUGCACAGUAAUGGUGAGAAAGAACCCUUGUGGUCAUGAUUGCUCUAGUACAAAAAGAAAAAAGAAGUUGAAGAAUGCAAACAAGCGGUGGAUAUGUGAGCACGUGAAGGACUGGCUAAUUGAGGAUGCAACUCUAGGACCAAAGGCAUUGCUAAAGAAGCUGAAAGAGCAUCAUGGAAUCGACAUCAACUCUAAGAGAGUCUAUAUGGGUAAGUUGCUAGCCUUGAAGGAACUAUAUGGUGAUUGGGAUACAAGCUUUGAUAAUCUGUAUAGUUUCAAGGCGCAAAUUGAAAGUUGCUGCCCCGGUAGCAUAGUGAUCAUUGAUCAUCACACAAUAAAAGAUAAAAUCAGAUUUAAAAGAAUUUUCGUUGCUUUGAAGCCUUGCAUCGAUGGGUUCCUUAAUGGCUGCAGGCCAUACUUGGCAGUAGAUAGCACCUUCUUGACAGGCAGGUUCAAGGGGCAGCUGGCUAGUGCUACCGCCGUUGAUGGCCAUAGUUGGAUGUAUCCAGUUUGUAUGGGUGUUUUCCAUUCUGAAACUAAUGAGAAUUUGAUCUGGUUCAUGCAAAUGGUUAGACAAGCCAUAGGAUCCCCAAGGGGUUUAACCAUAUGCACCGACGCUGGGCAACCAGUGAUGACAGGUGUAAAAGAAGUCUUCCCAGAGGCUAAACAUAGGGAAUGCAUGUUUCACUUGGUGUCCAACUUCAAGAAGAAGUUUCAUGGAAAGGUGUUUGAUGACCACCUUUGGGCUGCUGCUUACUCAUGGAACCCAUAUAUAUUUGAAAAAAAUUGGGCUGCAAUGGACCUAGCAAAGCCAACGGCAACUGCAUAUCUUAGGAGGUGGCACACUAGGUUGUGGUCUAGGAGUCAGUUCUCAACAAUUUCCAAGGUGGAUUAUGUUACAAACAACUUGGCUGAGUGCUUCAAUAAUUGGAUUAAGCAUCACAAGUCCUUGAACUUGGACGACUUCUUUGAUAAGAGGAUCACCAAAGAAGAGGGCAAAGACCACCAAAGCAUCAAUUGUGCCUUGCGAGGAUGA